CUCUCCUUGUGGACCAGAGUUUUCAUUUGUUCUUCCUCCUCUCUUCUCUUGCCUGGUCUCGUUUCUAGGGUUUUCUUCCUCCUCCUCCUUCUAUGUUCUGUAUAUUGGUAGUUUUGUUCUUGUAGAGGAAGGGGGAAGCAGGGAUCUUUUGCGGGCCCGCGCCAGAGAUUGCUGCGGGUUCAAAGCUGGGAGCAUUUCUUGGUUCUGGCCCCCUCGCGGCCGUGGAGUUGCUGUUAGCCCUCUUACUCUGACCCCAUUCCUAGUCCCAGAGAGGGAAAAGCUAGGCCCUUCCUCUCCUUGCUGCUGAAUCAUUGUUUCCCUCGAGAAGUCGUCAUCUUUAGCUGUUUGUGACUCGGAUCUUUGGAGAAGCUGCAAUUUUUGUGCUCCAAUCUUACUUAGAACCCCAUUUCUACUUGAAAGUGGGAAUCUUUUACGCUUCUUUGGCUGGUGGGAGAUUUCGGUUGCUGUAAAGAGUGAAGAAAUGGCAGAUCGCUGCUGUAAUAGCAAAUGCUGCGUCUUUGGCAUUCUAGACUUAGGUGAAAUGGUGUGACUACAGGUUUUAAAAGCCGUUCUUUGGUUUUCUUUCUGUUGUUCGACUACAAGUACUAGUAAAUGGAGCUCCUUAAAAGAAUCUUGCUGCUGUUUCUGCUUGCAAUCCCUUCCUCGUCGCAGCUACCUUCACCAGAUAUCCUAGCUCUCCUUGCAUUCAAGAAGGGUAUAACCCACGACCCGACGGGCUACAUCAUGGGAUCUUGGAACGAGGAGUCCAUUGACUUCAAUGGCUGCCCUGCAUCCUGGAAUGGCAUAGUCUGUAACGGUGCAAAUGUCGCUGGCAUUGUUCUUGACAAUCAUGGCAUUUCUGGCCAUGCUGACCUAUCUGUCUUUGCUAACCUCACAGUGCUCUUGAAGCUCUCGAUGACAAAUAACAACCUUUCAGGGAAUUUGCCAGACAAUGUGGCCGUCUUCAAGAGCCUGGAGUAUCUCGAUAUCUCCAACAAUGCUUUCUCCGGUGAGCUACCAUCAGGAAUCGGUAAGCUUCGUAGCUUGCAAAACCUUACCUUGGCUGGGAACAACUUCAUAGGGCCGUUGCCUGACUCCAUUGGUGGGUUGGCAUCAAUCAAAUCUCUUGAUUUGAGUCGAAACCUUCUAUCUGGUCCUUUGCCGGUGGCAUUGAAAGGUCUCAGGAACUUGGUUUACUUAAACCUCUCUUAUAAUGCUUUUAGCAGAAGUAUCCCAACUGGUCUGGCUCUGCUUUCCACACUAGAAUCUGUUGAUCUAAGCUGGAACCAGCUGGAUGGUAGUGUUGAUUGGAAUUUUCUUAUGCAGACCACAAGUGUUCAUGUUGAUUUCAGUGGGAAUUUGCUAACUUCAAGUUCAAAGGAGCUGAGGGCUUUGUCAGAUAUAUCAGAGACCAUAUUGUAUUUAAAUCUCAGUAACAACCGAUUGACUGGGUCACUGAUUGAAGGAGUUGGAAUUGCUAAUUUUGGAAACUUGAAGGUAUUGGAUUUAAGCUGCAAUCAGCUAUAUGGAGAGCUACCAGGGUUUAAUUAUGUCUAUGAUCUUGAGGUUCUGAGGCUACGGAACAACAGGUUCACUGGUUUCUUACCAAGUGGACUUCUCAAAGGAGAUUCUCUAGUUUUAAGUGAAUUGGAUUUGAGUGCAAACAAUCUAACAGGGCAUAUUAACAUGAUCACAUCGACAACUUUGCGGAUCCUUAAUCUUUCCUCUAAUGCUCUAUCUGGUGAGCUUCCUGUGGUCCAAGGAAGCUGUCAAGUGCUUGAUUUAUCAGAUAAUCAGUUUAAAGGGAACUUGUCUCUAAUUGCUAAGUGGGGAAAUGAUCUUGAGUACAUUGACCUUAGCCAGAAUCUGUUGAUGGGGCCGAUUCCAGAUGUAACCUCCCAGUUCCUGCUACUUAGUUAUCUGAACUUCUCCCAUAAUGCUCUGGUGGAGACUAUCCCUGAAGUUCUUGUUCAGUUUCCCAAGCUUACCAUCCUCGAUCUCAGUUCUAACCAGCUCAGUGGUCCUAUUCUGAAUGACCUACUAGCCUCCUCUACCUUGCAAGAGCUUUAUCUUCAGAACAAUAUGCUUUUUGGUGACAUCGUACUCUCACCAUCUUUUUCCAACAACUCCAACCUUCGCGUGCUUGAUAUAUCUGGAAACCGCUUUAAUGGUAGCUUUCCUGAAAAUCUAGAAUCCUUGACUGGCCUCCAAAUCCUGGACAUCUCUGCGAAUAAUUUUGCUGGUACAUUGCCACCUGCUGUUACAAAACUCAUUUACCUUUCGUCCCUUGAUAUAUCCCUUAACCAUUUCACUGGUUCCUUGCCGUCGACACUGCCUGACACGCUGGUAUACUUCAAUGCUUCCUUCAAUGAUCUAUCUGGAACUGUCCCGGAUAACCUCAGAAAGUUUCCAGAUUCUUCUUUUCAUCCAGGAAAUUCCAGAUUGGAGUUCCCUAGUGGUCUGCCUGGAACUGCUAAUUCUCAACCUGAAAGCCCCAGUCACAGGCCAUUUAGAACUUUUCUCAAAGCUGCAAUCAUUGCCGCAUGUGUUGUUGUCAUGGUUAUUCUAAUCCUCUUAGCCAUAAUUUUGCAUUACAAGAGAGCUUCAAGUAGAUCUGGAUCAGAAAAUCUUUCGGACAAGAAGGUUUAUACAAGGAGUCUGCCAGAAACUACUGGAAGCAAAAGCAGGGACUCUGGUGGCUCAGUGGUGAUCUCAGCUGAUGAUCUUAUAGCUCCCCAUAAAGGUUCUUCAUCUGAGAUGAUCAGUCCAGAAGAAAAAAUAACUGCAGUUGGUGGGUGUUCACCAUCCAAGAACAGCCGCUUUUCAUGGUCACCAGAUUCUGGUGAUAUUUAUGCGCAAGAAAAUCUUGGAAGGUUGGAUGUCCGUUCACCUGAUAGACUGGCAGGUGAUUUACAUUUCUUGGAUGAAACAAUUACAUUGACACCAGAGGAACUAUCUAGAGCACCAGCAGAAGUGUUGGGAAGGAGCAGCCAUGGGACUUCUUACAGGGCUACACUUGAUAAUGGGGUAUUCUUGACAGUGAAAUGGCUUAGGGAAGGAGUGGCAAAGCAGAAGAAAGAAUUUGCUAAAGAGGCAAAGAAAUUUGCAAACAUCAGGCAUCCUAAUGUGGUAGGAUUGCGUGGAUACUACUGGGGCCCUACCCAACAUGAGAAACUCCUAUUAUCGGAUUACGUGUCACCCGGAAGCCUUGCUAGUUUUCUAUAUGAUCGAGCUGGGAAGAAAGGCCCACCACUAACCUGGGCUCAGCGGCUCAAAGUUGCAGUCGACGUUGCACGUGGCCUCAACUAUCUCCAUUUUGACCGAGCCACUCCUCAUGGCAACCUUAAAGCAACAAACAUACUACUUGAUGGUCUCGACCUCAAUGCACGUGUUGCAGAUUACUGCCUUCACCGCCUGAUGACUCAAUCAGGAACAGUCGAGCAGAUCCUCGAUGCUGGGGUGCUGGGGUACCGUGCGCCGGAGUUGGCAGCAUCCAAGAAGCCAUCCCCAUCCUUCAAAUCGGACAUCUAUGCAUUCGGAGUAGUUCUGCUGGAGCUGUUGACAGGCAGAUGCGCAGGGGAUGUGAUCUCAGGGGAGGAGGGAGUUGUCGAUCUAACAGACUGGGUCAGGUUUAGGGUGGCAGAAGGGCGUGGGUCAGAUUGCUUCGAUCCUGCGAUGGCUGCCGAUGUUGAAAAUCCGGUCGCAUCCAAGGGUAUGAAAGAGAUGCUAGGAAUAGCUCUGAGAUGUAUCCGUCCGCUCUCGGAGCGACCAGGUAUUAAGUCUGUUUAUGAGGAUCUCUCAUCCAUAUGAGCUCUAGCUGAGCGAUUUGUGCAGGACUUUAUUUAACUUUUAGGUAAUUUGAAAUGGCUGGUGUUAUAUCAAUGCUGAGCAUUUUGAGCUUGUUAAGAGAGAUCACUCACCAGUUGUAGUUUGUGUAGAUUUGUGUUCUAGAAUGUAGAUCCAGUCUAAUACUAGUCAAGAGCUCAUGAUCAUUUGUGGUA